AUUGCUAGACUCAAUGUGCAACUUGAGAAUUGUCAUUUUGGAAAAGAAAAUGCGCGUCUUCGAAAAUGAAAGAUUUCCGUUCGUGUCUUCGACCUUGGAGUGGUUGCGAUCGAAUCAGUAACCGGGCAGCUUAUUACAGGGUUCAUCAGAUUUCGAGGUCUCGAUAGGCCAGAGCUUUGGCACCAAGAGAUUGUGCUCAACUGAUUCAAAAUGAACAUGAGCCAAGCUGUGCUCACCUCGAUUGACGAAGGUAAGCAUAAUACGCCAAAAAAAUGGUCCCGGACACAUUUGAAUUCUUUCCAGGCAAAUACAGAACAAUUCUUCGUACAGUCCAAGUUUCAUCUCUUAGAGAAGCCGCUUUUCACGAGGAAACGAGACCUGAGGACUAGCUGAAUGUCUGAAUAGGAAGAUUGAGGACGGCGCAAUAUAUUCUAAUCACCAGGCCUCGCUAUUGUCAACUGUUUCGGUUUUGACUCCUCGAAGAUUUUGGAGUUCAAAAGAAGGAGAUGCAGACUGCCGUUCAUACAUUGAUUUCCAAAUAGUUUAGGGUUGUAGAUUUGGGGUUUAAGGGAAGGUUCAGGGUUUAGAGCGAUGGCGGAUUGUGAAGAUGGGGGUUUCAAAGGUAAGAGGCGUUCUGAACAGCAAACUCUGGCGCAAGGUGGUAAUCAAAAAGGACUGCCGAGAAAGCGAUUUUAUCGAGCUCGGGCGCACAGUAAUCCCUUGAGUGACUCCUAUUUCCCGGUGCCUAACAAUCCCUCCGACUGCGACUGGAAAGAGCACUUUCCAGCAUUCUUCAAAGAUAACGCAUCAGAAGUAGAGAGUGGUAAGCCUGCUAAUGAUGAGGCCAAAUCAGAGGUCAGAUCAUCUGAAAGUGGAGCUGUGGUGCCUUCCUUUCCAGCCGAGAAGUCAGUGCCGAAGGUGCGCUUCGCAGAUAUUGGCUGCGGUUUUGGUGGCCUUCUCGUGAAGCUAUCGGUGCUAUAUCCCGACAAACUCAUGGUUGGCAUGGAGCUUAGGGACAAGGUCAGCGAAUACGUGAAAGAAAGGAUACUUGCUCUUCGUCUCAAAUACUCGGGGCAGUAUGAAAACAUCUCAUGCUUGAGAACCAAUGCAAUGAAGUAUCUACCCAACUACUUCGAAAAAGGACAGCUGGAAAAGAUGUUUUUCUUAUUUCCGGACCCACAUUUCAAGGAGAAAAAUCAUCGCCGUCGAAUAAUCAGUCAAGCGUUGCUAGCCGAGUACGCGUACAUCAUGGCAAUAGGAGGGAUAAUAUACACCAUCACGGAUGUGGAGGAGCUCGGUGAAUGGAUGAAGUCAAAUUUGGAUGCUCAUCCAUUAUUUGAACCUCUCUCGGAGGCAGAACUGGCUAAGGAUCCAGUUGUAGAUUUGCUAACGUCUGCAACUGAGGAGGGUCAAAAGGUUGCACGAAACUCUGGUGAAACGUACCGUGCCAUUUAUAGACGGAUAGCGAGUGCAGUGUAGGGCAAACCUUCUUUCUUUAGAGGCAUAAUUAGAUGGAGGUGACAGAACGUGUGGCAGACAUAUGAGAAUGUUCAUAAAGUUUGUUUAGACAGUAGGGCUUACUUUAUAACCUUCCAAGUUCAUUCUGCCACCAAGAACUGUACAGGUUACAAAGCUUACUCGACUUUGAGAUAGUCACAGUUGACUUUUUGUUGGCAUUGAAAGGGAUAGGGAUAGCUCUUGCCAUCUUAUCAAUUUUUUCAAGAUAUGAAUUCAAAUCAAGUGAAUAAACUUAGGUGUAUCGAGUGACGGGUGUGCAAGUUUGGCCAGUGUAAUUUAUUGAUCUGGACACAUAUCG